AUCUUUUUCCAGCGCUUCCGGCCCAGGAGGGAGCGCAGGUGGGAGGUGCGGGGCGCGCUCCUGCUCCCAGCCGGACAGCGCCGGCCACUCCGGUGUGACUCUGCACUUGGGUAUGGGCGGGGGCGCGCUGCCUGCAGGGCAGUGUCUCGGUCCAUCAGUCUGCCCGCCUGUCUAGCGGUCGGAGCCCCGCAGUCCUCAGCCGCCCGCGCCCUCGGCCCGGGGCGCCAGGCUGCGGGCCCGAAGCGAGGGGCUGGCGGAGCUGCGACCAAUGGGGCGGCGGCCGAGCGGCGGGCCCCGCCCCGCCCCGCCCGCAGCUCCCGGGAGCCUUGCUCCAGCUGGGCGGGACCGACGGACAGACCGGCCGACGCGGGCCGCCAGGCUCUCCUCGCCGCCGCGGCGGCAGGCGCGGGGCUGCGCCGCGAGGCCUGAUCCCUGCAGCGCGGGCGGACGGCGUCGCAGAGCGGAGCGAGCCGGAUGCGCCCGGACUCCUGCAGGUGAGAGUGAUUUUCCAGUGAUUGCUUUGGCCUGUACAACCAGAGAACAGGAUUCUUCCCUUCUUUUUGGCCACCAAAUGCCUAUGUGCACCACACAUUCCAGUGUGCUGAGAAGGGCAGAGCGUCUUGGAUGAUGACGGACAUCCCACCGGGCAGGAUGAAGGCAGAGCGUGUGGCAUCUCCACCUCAAGGGUGCAGCCUGAUCUUCCUCGUCUGCCUUGCCAGCCAGCACUCUGCCUCCUGUAUCCACCAUGGUGUUUGGUGAGUUUUUCCAUCGCCCUGGACAAGACGAGGAACUUGUCAACCUGAAUGUGGGGGGCUUUAAGCAGUCUGUUGACCAAAGCACCCUCCUGCGGUUUCCUCACACCAGACUGGGGAAGCUGCUUACUUGCCAUUCCGAAGAGGCCAUUCUGGAGCUGUGUGAUGAUUACAGUGUGGCUGAUAAGGAAUACUACUUUGAUCGGAAUCCCUCCUUGUUCAGAUAUGUUUUGAAUUUUUAUUACACGGGGAAGCUGCACGUCAUGGAGGAGCUGUGCGUGUUCUCAUUCUGCCAGGAGAUCGAGUACUGGGGCAUCAACGAGCUCUUCAUUGAUUCCUGCUGCAGCAAUCGCUACCAGGAACGCAAAGAGGAAAACCACGAGAAGGACUGGGAUCAGAAAAGCCAUGAUGUGAGUACCGACUCCUCGUUUGAAGAGUCGUCUCUGUUUGAGAAAGAGCUGGAGAAGUUUGACACACAGCGAUUGGGUCAGCUCCGUAAGAAAAUCUGGAUCAGAAUGGAGAACCCAGCAUACUGCCUGUCUGCUAAGCUUAUCGCUAUCUCCUCCUUGAGCGUGGUGCUGGCCUCCAUUGUGGCCAUGUGCAUUCACAGCAUGUCGGAGUUCCAGAAUGAGGAUGGAGAAGUGGAUGAUCCAGUGCUGGAAGGAGUGGAGAUCGCGUGCAUUGCCUGGUUCACCGGGGAGCUUGCCGUCCGGCUGGCUGCUGCUCCUUGUCAAAAGAAAUUCUGGAAAAACCCUCUGAACAUCAUUGACUUUGUCUCCAUUAUUCCCUUCUAUGCCACGUUGGCUGUAGACACCAAGGAGGAAGAGAGUGAGGAUAUUGAGAACAUGGGCAAGGUGGUCCAGAUCCUACGGCUUAUGAGGAUUUUCCGAAUUCUAAAGCUUGCCCGGCACUCAGUAGGACUUCGGUCUCUAGGUGCCACACUGAGGCACAGCUACCAUGAAGUUGGGCUUCUGCUUCUCUUCCUCUCUGUGGGCAUUUCCAUUUUUUCUGUGCUUAUCUACUCUGUGGAGAAAGAUGACCACACAUCCAGCCUCACCAGCAUCCCCAUCUGCUGGUGGUGGGCCACCAUCAGCAUGACAACCGUGGGCUAUGGAGACACCCACCCAGUCACCUUGGCGGGGAAGCUCAUCGCCAGCACGUGCAUCAUCUGUGGCAUUUUGGUGGUGGCCCUUCCCAUCACCAUCAUCUUCAACAAGUUUUCCAAGUACUACCAGAAGCAAAAGGACAUUGAUGUGGACCAGUGCAGUGAGGAUGCACCAGAGAAGUGUCAUGAGCUACCUUACUUUAACAUUAGGGAUAUUUAUGCACAGCGGAUGCAUGCCUUCAUUACCAGUCUCUCUUCUGUAGGCAUUGUGGUGAGCGAUCCUGACUCCACAGAUGCUUCAAGCAUUGAAGACAAUGAGGACAUUUGUAACACCACCUCCUUGGAGAAUUGCACAGCAAAAUGAGCGGGGGUGUUUGUGCCUGUUUCUCUUAUCCUCUCCCGACAUUAGGUUAACACAGCUUUAUAAACCUCGAUGGGUUCGUUAAAAUCAUUUAAUUCUCAGGGUGAACCUUUCAGCCAUAGUUGGACAUUCAUUGCUGAAUUCUGAAAUGAUAGAAUUGUCUUUAUUUUUCUCUGUGAGGUCAGUUAAAUGCCUUGUUCUGAAAUUUAUUUUUUACAAGAGAGAGUUGUGAUAUGGUUUUGGAAUAUAAGACAAAUGGCAUUGGGUGGGGUUUGUGGCUACAGCUUAUACAUCAUUCUGUGUUUGUCAUUUACUCACAUUGAGCUAACUUUAAAUUACUCACGAGUAGAAUCAGAGGUUCAGCUGACUGAGACGACAUGCAUGUGAGAUCCACAAAAUGAGACGAUGCAUGUCAAUCCAUGCUCAUGUUCUAAACAUGGAAACUAGGAGCCUAAUAAACUUCCUGAUUCAGUAUGGAGAA